AUGCGCGCUCGCUUCGAGAACCUGGUGCUCAACGCCCAGGACUCGAUUAUCAAGGCCAUUGAGGAAGUCGACGGAAAGAAGUUUCGCAAGGACGCAUGGAUGAGGCCUGGUGGUGGUGGCGGGAUUAGCGGCGUUCUUCAGAAUGGCAAUGUGUGGGAGAAGGCGGGUGUCAAUGUGUCUGUCGUUUACGGCACUAUGCCCCGUGAGGCUUACCGUGCUGCCACGGGCGAGUCUGCUCCGUCUGAUGCCAGCUCCACUGGCGACGGACGAAUUCCUUUCUUUGCCUGCGGGAUAAGUUCUGUCAUGCAUCCAUGGAAUCCGUUCGCUCCUACUAUGCACUUCAACUAUCGUUAUUUCGAAACUGACGCGCCUGCUGGAGCGAAGGAUGCCCCCCGGGCGUGGUGGUUUGGUGGUGGAACGGAUAUCACUCCCUCGUAUCUCUUUGAGGAGGAUAUGAAGCAUUUCCAUGGGCUGCAAAAGGAGGCAUGCGAUAAAAUUGACACUUCCUUUUAUCCGCAAUUUAAGAAGGCCUGCGAUGAGUACUUCCUGAUUAAGCACCGUGGUGAACGACGAGGAUGUGGAGGGAUUUUCUACGAUGACAUGAACCAGCAUGACCCAGAUGUGCUCUUCAACCUUGCGAAAGAGUGCUCCGCUGCAGUGGUGCCUGCAUACGUCCCACUGGUGGUCAAGCGCAAAGAUACUCCUUACACGGAGGAGCAGAAGCAGUGGCAGCAGCUUCGCCGUGGCCGUUAUGUUGAGUUUAAUCUGGUCUAUGACCGUGGCACAACGUUUGGCCUUAAGACGGGAGGUCGCAUUGAGAGCAUCCUUAUGAGCUUGCCCCUUACGGCUCGAUGGGAGUACAACCAGGAGCCUGCUGCUGGCACUCCAGAGGCGGAGCUUUUGGAUGCUUGCAGGAACCCGCGGCAGUGGGUUUGA